CGAAAACCGACAGACCUUCCAAAAGCACGAUAUGGGAUAAACGAGACUAAACCAAACCCUUAUCAUGCCGGCCAAAUUACGGUUCAAACUCAGGUACAUGUAUAGCUGUGUGAUUUAAUUUUUUUUUUAUUUCGAUAAACAAUAUUUACAUAUUCUCUAACUUUAAAUAAUUCAUCCAAAGGAUGUGCUCAAAGAUAGUAAUCUCUAAAUCAACUCAAGAGUGAGCAAAUUCAUGUACUUAAUCAAGGAUUCUUCCGGAAUUAACUAUUUAGUACGGGUUCAAUCCAACCCGGAUCAACCCAACCCACGUAUCGAAAUCGAAGGCCGAGCGUAUUAAGAAGACGGACAACUGGACAAGAAACACCGGGCCAACCGCAGUCCGCAGAACAUUCCGCCUCUCAACGCACCGUAUCCUCCUUCACCGUUUUCCUUCCUUCCUUCUCUUCGUCACAGGGUGGGGGACUGGGGGAAAGUUAAUCUGCUAACUUGAAAAUUCGUUAGCAGAUACUAACUGAUAUCUAAAAUACACGAACUAAUAUCCAAAUACUAAAGUAUCUAGAGAGCACAUACUAGUAUUCAAAGUUUGCUAACUUAUAUUCACAAUGAAUCAACUAUUAUCCUAAAUUCACAAACUAAUAUCUAGACAACACAUAAUAGUAUUCAAACAACACAUAAUUGGUAUCCAGAUAACACAUAAGAGUAUCUAGAUAACCCAAAAGAGUAUCCAUAUUGAAUACUAGUUGGUUGAUUGUGGAUAUUAGUUGGUAUCUGCUAUCUGAAUACUAGUUUGUGAUGUUUUGAAUACUAGUCUGUGCUAUCUAGAUACUUAGCAGACUUGGAUUUUUUUUUUUUGUAAUGCAGACAUGGAUAUUAGUUCAUUCAUUUUGAAUAUUUGUUAGUAUAUACUAAGGAAUUUUCAAGUUAGCAGAAUAACUAGGUUGGGGGACUGAGCUGGAGGGCAGCGGCAAAAGAAAGCGCACGAACGACAACGGAACGGAACCCAGAGGCAGAAAGUAAAACUUCUUCUUGCUCGGACACGAAUUUCCUUGGCUUUCACUACACUGUUCCAAAGAAUCCCCGACCUUCCUUCCGGUGCCGGAAACAGAACUGGGUAUACCCCGCAGUCUGGAAAGGUUUCUUCUUUCUCCUUUUUUUUUUUUUACCAUUUUAUGGCUGGCAUAUAAUUCUGGUAGAGUGUUAGACUGCUGGGUAGCCCAAUUUUUUGCAUGGGGUUUAGUCCAACGAACCUGAAUCAGCUUGCUGAGUCCGACUCACGAGUUGACCGAAUACCUCUCUUGGUUCAGGAGUGGAUGGUCUCUCUCUAUUGAUCACAUUGCCCGUGAGCUCGCUCGCCGGCGGUGCCGAAACCCAAGUCAGUUAAAGCAUGUUGGAGGGUGAACAGGAAAGUGCUGGUCGAAGGAAAACCAGCAAAUACUUUGCGGAUAAACAGAAGCCGAAAGAGGAAAAAGAGGUGGUGAAAACCCCGGCAAAGAGAAAGGCUCAGAGUGAUGGUAAUCCAUCUGUGAAAACAACACCUCCUAGGAAGGUUCAGAAAGUUGAUGAUGACGAUGAAGAUGACUUUGUGGUGCCACCUAAAAAGGUCACUGUUGAGGCCACCCCUAAUAAGAAAUUGAAGAGUGGGUCUGGAAGGGGGGUCAGUCAGAAGGCUGUAGCAAUUGAUGGAAGUGACGACGAUGAAGUUGAGGAUGCUGAACUACCUCCUAAGGUUGGUGGAAGAGGUCGUGGUGGUAGAGCGGCAACUGGGCGUUCAGCUGGUGGAAGAGGAAGAGGGGCCAGCCAGAAGGCUUUAGAAAAUGAUGCGGGUGACGAGGAUGAAGUUGAGGGCACUGAACAACUUCCUAAGGCUGGUGGAAGAGGUCGUGGUGGUAGAGGCCCAGCUGGGACUUCAGCUGGUGGACGAGGCAGAGGCAGUGGCCGUGGUGGAUUUAUGAACUUCGGUGAAAGGAAGGAUCCUCCACACAAAGGAGAAAAGGAGGUCCCAGAGGGUGCUCCCGACUGCUUAGCUGGUUUAACAUUUGUAAUAAGUGGCACUCUUGAUAGUUUGGAAAGAGAAGAAGCAGAAGAUUUGAUUAAACGUCAUGGAGGUCGCAUUACUGGAUCUGUCAGCAAGAAAACGAGUUUCCUUCUGUGUGACGAGGAUAUCGAGGGGCGAAAAUCUGCCAAAGCUAAGGAACUUGGCACUCCGUUCCUUACGGAGGAUGGUCUUUUUGAUAAGAUCCGCUCAUCAAAACCUGCAAAGGUGCCAGCAAAAGAAGGGCCAAAGGGUUCUGCGGAGAAAGCUGCAACCCUCCCGAAGAAAAGUCCUCUAAAAGCAGAAGUGAACGGAAACUCUUUAGCACAUUGUUCAACUGGUAAGGCUUCAGCCAAAGCUGUUUCUCCUGCAAAGAAAAGGCAAGUCGUUGAGCACUCCUCCCUGCCAUGGACAGAAAAAUAUAGGCCUAAAGUUCCGAAUGACUUAGUUGGAAAUCAAUCUUUGGUUAAUCAGCUUCAUACUUGGUUAAAGAGCUGGAAUGAUCAGUUCCUUGGAAAUGGAAAAAAACUUAAGGGUAAAAACCAAAGUGAUUCUAGUGCCAAGAAAGCCGUGUUACUAAGUGGAACACCGGGCAUAGGGAAAACAACGUCUGCAAAGCUGGUCUGUAAGAUGCUUGGUUUUCAAGCAAUUGAGGUCAAUGCAAGUGACAGUCGUGGAAAGGCAGAUUCCAAAAUAGUCAAAGGAAUUGGUGGAAGCAAUGCAAAUUCCAUAAAGGAACUUGUCAACAAUGAAUCUCUGGGCUCUAAAAUGGACAGGCUACAACAUGAAAUGACAGUUCUCAUCAUGGAUGAGGUAGAUGGGAUGUCUGCAGGAGAUAGAGGUGGUGUUGCUGAUCUUAUUGCUAGCAUAAAGAUCUCCAAAGUGCCUAUUAUCUGUAUCUGUAACGAUCGAUACAGUCAGAAGCUAAAAAGUCUUGUAAAUUACUGCCUGCCUUUGAACUUCCGCAAACCUACAAAACAACAGGUUAUGCAUUUCUUUACUCUCCAUAUUCUGGUCUAGCUACUGUUUAUUUUAUUAUCUUAUUCUUGGAUCAUCUAGAAUUUUUAAAACUAGAUGGAUCGAAUUUGAAGUGUCCAUUCUGUCCUAGCUAAAAAGCAUGUUGGGUCUCCAUUGGAGAUCUCUUGUUUCUUCCUUAACCUUGGCUCGUCAUGCUUGGUCUUUCUGUUGAACUCACGUGAUUUUGGUACAUUGAUAGAUGGCAAAGAGGUUAAUGCAGAUUGCAAAUGCCGAAGGACUUAAAGCUGACGAGGUAAUGCUCUUAUGUUGCUUUUUGAAUUUGUUCUAGUGCGGAUGCUAUCCCGUGAAUUUGUUCAGCAUGUUGCUUCUGCAAAUAUAUUUUUGACUAGGCAUUUGGAUACUUGGUCAAACUCAAAUUUUCUAUAUGUUCAAUUAAUGAGUUCAAUUUUGUUACCUUGCUGCUAUGUGUCGAUAAUGUGAUCACAAGUCUCAUUCUACCCAAAAAAAAAAAAAAAACAAUAAGCAGUUCUUAAAUAUUUUUUUAUAGGGUUGGUUUGUGUUUAUUGUUAGGUGCUACAUAGGGUGACAUAAGCAGUUCUUAAAUCUUCAGCAUUCAGCAAUCAAUUCUUGGUGAUUUCACUUACUGUUGCAUUUAACUUCUGAAUGACUCUUUCUAUCUUUGUGGUUCUAUCCACCUUUCUUUACCAGAUCGCCCUUGAGGAACUCGCAGAAAGAGUGAGCGGAGACUUGCGGAUGGCAGUAAAUCAGUUGCAGUACAUGAGUCUUUCCAUGUCGACUAUUCAGUACAGUGAUGUGAGGCAGCGCCUUCUAAGCAGUGCAAAGGAUGAAGAUAUCUCACCAUUUACAGCCGUUGAUAAGUAUGUGUUUCAUGAUCCUUCACCUAGAAUGUCUGAUACCUUUGGUUGGAAUCCUCUCUUUUAGCUUAAGCACGUGAAAAGGAUGCCACUGAUUUUUACUUGUGUGUUAGCGCCUAUGGGCGUAAUCAAAGAAGAAAUGAAUACAUUGGGCUUUCACCACUUGAAAAUGCCUGACAGUCAUUCAAGAUUAUCUGCAUUUUAGUAAGUGUAUGCAAGAGACGCAGUCAUAGUAUUAGAAAUAGCAAGUUCUCCAUCAUAUCUAAGAAGUUAAUUCAACUGAACCCUUCGCUGCUCUUUUUUGUGUAUGCAAUAGACGCAGUCUUAGUAUUAGAAAUAGCUAGUUCUCCCUCGUAUCUAAGAAGUUAAAGCAACUGAACUCUUCGCUACUCCUUCUUCACCUAGAUGGUCUGAUACCUUUGGUUGAAAUCAUAUUCUUUUAUUACAUCUUUUGCUGGCUAACCUUCAAACUGAAUUUACCAAGAGGUUUUGCUAUUCACUUGGGGUUUGCAGUGUUGAGAGAAUUGAGUGCAUGGUCGGGCCGCUUUCUUGAGCUUGCCAAUUAAUAGUAAUUUGUUUCCCAGUCCUGUAUUUAUUUCUUAGAAUUUAGAAACCUUGCACUAACUCAUUGAUGACGGAUUUAGGCUGCUUGGCUUUAACGGAGGGAAGUUGCGAAUGGAUGAGCGGAUUGACCUCAGCAUGAGUGAUCCAGAUUUGGUCCCUCUUUUAGUUCAGGUAUUUGUAUCUUUAACUAUACUUGGUGAGAAUGUAUACAAUGUAACUAUCAAUUCAACGGAAAAAAAAUAAAAAUAAUGUAAGUAU